CUUAUUUUUUAUAAACAAUGAUAUUCUACAUGUUCUAGGAAAUCUCUAGAAUAGAUAGAUUACAAAAAAAAGUAGCUAUUUAUGUAAGUUGCGAAAUUAACAAGAAAAAAACAAUUAAUCGAUAGAAAUAUUGAAGCAAUAAGUAUUCGCAUAACUGUUUAAAAAUAUUUUCCUGAAAAUUUGAUGUUUUCUAAUUCGCACGGAGGAAUAAACUAAUGUGUUUACGUUACAAACUCUGCUGUAAAUGGUUCGUCAUAAGAAUCGUACAAAUACUUAUUACUUCUAUACUCUUACCCACUUUUCGCAUUGUUUUGUUAAUUUCACAAAUUAUAUUAACUAGUAAAUGUUGUUUGGACUAUAUCUAUCUUAGAGACUUACUGUACGCUUAUGCGUACGUCGAUCAUCUGUCGAUUUAUGCCAGUUCGAGACAGCUGAUAUCGAACAAUAUCGACCAUGACGAAAUCGAAGGCUGAGUCACGUGCUUCAAGAUACCGAUUUUCCCGUACACCGAGGCGAAAAUCUCAGCCGCUACAUUCAUCUACCUAUCAGUUGGCUUACAACCGUUGAACCGCACAAUCGUUCGCGAAGCGCGUUUCGUGACAUCGAUAUCGAAAUCGCGGGUCAAAUCAGUCACGAGUAAAGAUCCAUAGGCCACGACACAGUUAGGAUCAGCUUCGUCGACGGAUGUCGCUCUGAUGUUUAUCAUCUAUCGACUGACGAGUCGCCUUUAGAAGCACGUCGAUCAUCUGUCGAAUUACGCCGGUCGUGGCCGACAGGUGUCGAACAAUAUCGACCGAGACGAAAACGAAGGCGGAGUCACGUGGCUUGAGAGUGCGAUUUUCCCGUAAACUAGAGGCAGAAAUCUCAGUCACUUCAUUCAUCCACCUAUCAGUUGGCUCACGACCGUCCAACCGGACAGUCGCACGCGAAGCACGUUUCAUGCAUCGAUAUCGAAAUCGCGAUUCAAACCACUCACGAGUGAUGAUCCGUAAGCCAAAAGACAGUUGAGAGUGGCUUUGUCGACGGAACCUUGAGUCAUCUGUUGUCGAAGAAUUCUUCACACUCGUCGAGAUCCAGCGUGACGCAACGAGUGAAUGUUUUUCGGAAUUAAACGCAAAACCAAUCGCCGUGCACAGGUUCAGUUCUCUUGUGAGGCGAUUGGCACCAUCGUAUGCGUAACGUAUGAUCAUAGAUACUUUUCGGAAAAUAUUGCUAACAAUAAUAUACUGUUAUUUGGCACCAUUCGAGGUUAUUAAAUAAAGAUAUUUAACGAGAAGUGAGUGUACUAAUACUCUUUUUACCUACUCUAGAAAUGGGUUAAAAAAUUGUCGAUGUCCCUAAACGAAGUUUAACUCAAUUCGCACUAAUGCGCAGGGCCGCCACUUUUCUGGGUGCAGUUUGCGUUGCCAAAGUGACCAGAGUAAAAUUUUCUACGCUGCGUGUCGCGGUGGGGGUUUGUUUUCCUUCCCGUCCGUUCCCGUACGUUCGACAGCCGGUAGUACGCGCGCUGCGGUGUCAGUUUGUCUCUGGAACUAGCGAGGAGGACUCUUGAAAGAGUGUCUCUUGGAACGCGGCCAAUCGAAAAACAAGAGUGACAGUAGUGCGAAAGUAAUCUGGUUUCUUAACCGGAAUCGUUCUGUUCGGUGUCGGAUUUGUCGUUUUAUUGUAUCAACGAUUUAUGACUAUCGAGGAAAGCUGUGCGCGGUCUAGUCACGCGACAGUGUAAAAGUGAAGAAAAGUGACCAUAGAUGUUCUUGAAGACAGGAAUCUUCAAUAAGAUCCCGACGCAGGAAAAGAAAAGGAAGAAAGUCUUGAUCGACUAUCACUUGGCGAAUCCCCGACCUAUCUCGAUCUGGCCUCCUCCCGUUUCUCUUUUUCCUUUCUUUUUCUUCUUUCUUUUCUCCUUUUUCCUCUGUUAUCUUUCCUUUUUCCUUUUUCCUUUUCCCUCUUUCUUCUUCCUUCUGAAAUUUUCGAAAAUCGUGCGAGUUCCUCAACGAAUCAAAGAUCCAACAUGGCAUCGUCCAAUAGCGAGGGGAGCGAAGACUAUGGACUGGGGUACCAGAACACUUUGAUGUAUGGUCGCUACACGAAGGACCUGGGUGAGUAUGCAAAAGAAGAGGCACGGAAGCUGAAACACCACGAAAAAGCACGACAGAAGUAUGACAAGACAACGGCAGAGGGUCUACGAAAGUCGAGGAGAGGACCUUUGUGCAGGAAAUUGCUCGCAUUGCUGGCCUUCGCUUGGAAACACACUGGAGCUAGACUAGGCGAAGACUGGGUCUUCCUGGCUUUGCUCGGUGUCAUCAUGGCAUUGAUCAGUUACGCGAUGGACCGUGGAAUUUCCAUGUGCAACAACGCCAGGAUAUGGCUUUAUCAAGACCUCACGCAUCAUCCAGCGCUUCAGUACCUGGCCUGGGUGGCACUACCAGUGUGCCUGAUCCUCUUCAGUGCUGGUUUUGUGCACAUAGUUGCACCGCAAAGCAUAGGAUCUGGCAUUCCGGAGAUGAAGACCAUCCUACGUGGUGUAGCUUUAAAGGAGUACUUGACCUUCCGCACACUUGUCGCUAAGGUGAUAGGUUUGACCGCGACUCUGGGCUCUGGUUUGCCUCUGGGCAAGGAAGGUCCCUUCGUGCACAUAGCAAGUAUUGUGGCCACUCUCCUCUCCAAAUUGGUCACCAGCUUUCAAGGAAUCUACGAGAACGAGAGCAGGAACUGCGAGAUGCUGGCAGCAGCAUGUGCGGUCGGAGUGGCAGCCUGCUUCGCAGCUCCUAUCGGAGGAGUUCUCUUCAGUAUAGAGGUCACCACGGUCUAUUUCGCUGUGCGAAAUUACUGGCGUGGAUUCUUCGCUGCUGUCUGCGGUGCCACGAUGUUUCGUUUGUUGGCGAUUUGGUUCCAGAGAGAAGAAACAAUCACUGCAAUGUUUGCAACGAACUUCACUAUGGACUUCCCCUUUGAUCCGCAAGAGCUAUUCGUGUUCGCUUUGAUCGGCGUUGGCAGUGGCUUGGGUGGUGCUUCCUAUGUCUGGUUGCAUAGGCAGUACGUUAUUUUUAUGAGAAAAAACAAGAGCAUGAACAGCUUUCUGCAGAAAAAUCGCUUUUUAUAUCCUGGCAUCGUUUCCCUCCUGGUGUCAUCGGUGUCCUUUCCCCUGGGACUGGGUCAGUUCAUGGCUGGCGACUUGAACACGCACGACCAAGUAUAUGGUUUGUUCACUAACUUCACUUGGACCAAGGAACAACUCGGUGUCGAAGAAAUGAACACGGUUAAACAUUGGUCAACCAUGUACACCGAUGUGUUCACUGGACUUCUUGGUUUCGUUGCUUUCACGUUCAUCUUUUCUAUUAUAAGUUCGACCGUACCCGUGCCGUCGGGUAUCUUCAUUCCUGUGUUCAAAAUCGGUGCUGCGCUGGGUAGAGCCGUAGGGGAAGCUAUGGCUCUCUGGUUCCCUAACGGCGUUCGUUACGGCGGCAUCAUAACUCCCAUUGUACCAGGGGGUUAUGCUACUGUCGGAGCAGCCGCCUUCUCGGGUGCAGUGACUCACACAAUCUCCGUCAGCGUGAUCGUUUUCGAGAUGACAGGCCAAAUCACUCACAUCGUUCCUAUUAUGAUAGCCGUGUUGAUCAGUAACGCUAUCGCCGCUCUUCUUCAGCCUAGCAUAUACGAUAGCAUUAUUCUUAUCAAAAAGCUACCAUACUUACCGGAUCUGCUGCCGUCCAGUUCGGGGAUGUACAACGUUUACGUCGAAGACUUCAUGGUUCGCGACGUUAAGUACAUUUGGCACGGUAUCACGUAUCAGAGAUUGAAGGAAAUCUUGAAGGAAAACCGCAAACUACGUGGUUUCCCUCUAGUGGACAACCCGGAUUCCAUGAUUUUACUUGGGUCUAUUCAAAGGCUGGAGUUGAUUAAGCUGAUCGAAAAACACAUAGGACGCGAAAGAAGGUUGCAGGUGGCACAAAAGUGGCAUCAAGAAGCAGAAGAACGAGCUCGAGAAGAAAUGGAGCGUCAGCUGAGAGAUCAGGAGAGAACGAGGAGACCGUCCAGGUUCGAAGUAAUCCCAGCACCAGAUAUUCUUAAAAUGCAGAGGCAAAGUGUUAACGAUCUAACUAUGUCUCCAAAUAACGGCACUGGUCCAGAUCACCACACUUAUCACUCACCGAUAUUCGGAUCGCAGCCAAAAAAAUCAAUCCUGAAGAAAACUAAUUCCUUCACGUUAAAAGGAUUUAGCCCGCUAGUCAGUCCAGCCGUCACGCCGUACACCACCGUCACCGGAGCAGAGAGCAGGAUACGCUUGGCCUUCGAAGCGAUCUUCCGCAAAUCCGCUACGCUUCAGGACGUAGACCCAGACCCAGAGUUAGGAUCCGCCGGUAGCGCAAGACGCGACAGCCAGGAUGGCAUGAAUGUUCCACCUCACACGCCCAUGCUAAUUCCGAGCCCAGCCACAUCAAAGAAAGUGCAACUGCCACGCGAGAGAGUAAUAGACAUGUCGGCUGAAAAUCAGAAACGAUGGGAGGAGAGCGAAAUGGCUUUGGAAGUCGAUUUCUCCAGGUGCCAUAUCGACCCGGCACCCUUCCAAUUGGUAGAAAGGACGUCUCUUCUGAAAGUACAUAGUCUGUUCAGCAUGGUGGGAGUAAACCAUGCUUACGUGACGGCUAUAGGAAGACUGGUUGGGGUUGUCGCAUUAAAAGAGCUGAGGAAAGCGAUAGAAGACGCAAACGCCGGAAUUUUGCCCAUGCAUCAGGAAUCCCAUAUCGGGUUGUCAACCUCCAGCCUCGCAAAGAGUGAGACGGAUACGGAAAGCAAAAACAUUAGCACGAUGAACUCCAUCGCUUCCGUUGAUUGUGAGAAAGUGGAAAAAGUCUGAGAGGCGAGUGUUAGAGAAAGGAGAAGAGAGACGGAGCUAGGGUGAUAAGUAAAAGCAAAAAUGUGAUAGUUGCGUUACUGAACACGUGACGCGACUCGAACGAUGCGAGAGACGUGUUUUUGUUAAAAUGUUCCCUUCCAUCUGCAACCGUGAACACACUUGAGAAAUUCCAGCAACAAGUCCCCUGGUAGCCGCUUGCGUGUUGCAACGAUUGCUUUCGUACGCCCCUCUCGUACUUAACCGGGGACAAGAUUAUGUCGUGUUUAAAACCAAAUCACGCGUUCUGCGGUAUCUGUCACCGUCUAUGACUGUGGCUUGGAAACUGUAAACAAUUAAACGGGUUACUUGCAGUAUAAUUUGAGACUUUCGAGGCUCAGAUUCUCAGGUUAAUACCGUUCAAGACUUCUUUAUUUUAUAAGACGUUUGCUUUUGUAUUUUAUCGACAUUGCAACUUUGUCAAACAAAAUAGUUCUCCCGCUAGUUUCUUAUAAACAUUACAGACUUUUAAACAUUGCGGCAAUAACUCGAUGUUUGUAUAUAGGAUUCUACAAAUAUCUCUACCGGACCACAAUAAUCCACUGAGUCGACGCUAUAGAUAUAGCGCUAUAGACUUGAGUCGGCCUAGUAGGCCUUAUUUUACCUACAGUAGAGAAUAUAUACAAGCGCUAGUUUAUCUCCACGACGUUUAAAAAACAUGCCCUUCUAGGCAUCUAGCGAAGGAAUUACUCUAUACUUCUGACGAUAAGUACAUAUAGAACGUCGGUAGUAUCGGUAUCAACAUUAGCAUUGAUAAAAGUGUUAGCAUCGAUACUGUACCAUUAUUAGUAUAUUGUCAAACCUUUGUAAAAACUCCGUUGGCAGUUGUAAACUCCGAGAGCCUCGAACGGUAUCGACUGUUGUUAAUGGUAUUCGUACGCGAAGAAGGAAGACUUUCGUAUCGAAGAUUUCAUUAGGGUCUAUAAAAACUUUCCUUUCUUCCUUAGACGAAUCUUUCCAAUAAUGAGAGAGCAUCAUUCGCUUCGCAUUGUAUUUUAGAACCGUAGCAUAAUAAAUUAUAAUAAGAAGAGUUA